GAGAAGCCUCAGACAAGAAUCUCACAGAUGUCCAAGAAAUGGAGUACAGGAUUAAGACCUAUCAGAAGAGUCCCUAUGAAUGUCUGUCUGAAGUAGGAGUCAUGAAUAGUAACACAGGGGAGGAAAAUGUGAAAUUAAUAACAACUUUUAAUUUGAGGUCAAAACCUAAGUCAGAGAUGAUUAGGAAUAAUGGGAACUCCUUAGGGAUAAGGACAGAGGAGUUCAGGCAGUGUCAGAACAUGCUUCUCUAUGGUGAACCUACUGAGAUGUGUGCUGCUUAUAGUCCCGGAGUAUCUCCUGUAGUUAAAGAAUCAAACCAACGUGGACAUUCUUUCACCCGGAAGGCACACCUUACUGUCCAUCAGACAACACACACAGGAGAGAAACCUCAUGAAUGUAACCUGUGUGGAAAGUCUUUCGCCCGGAAGGAACACCUUUCUGUCCAUCAGAAAACGCACACAAGAGAGAAACCUUAUGAAUGUAACGUGUGUGGAAAGUCUUUCAUCCGGAAGGCAAACCUUACUUUUCAUCAGACAACUCACACAGGAAAGAAACUUUAUGAAUGUAACAUGUGUGGAAAAUCUUUUCACUUGAAGGCAUACGUUAUUGUUCACGAGAGAACACACACAGGGGAGAAACCUUAUGAAUGUAAUGUGUGUGGAAAGUGUUUCACCCAGAAGUCACAACUUACUGUCCAUCAGACAACACACAGAGGAGAGAAACCUUAUGAAUGUAAUGUGUGUAGAAAGUCUUUCACCCGAAAGGCACACCUUACUGUCCAUCAGACAACACAUACAGGAGAGAGACCUUAUGAAUGUAAUGUGUGUGGAAAGUCUUUCACCCAGAAAAUAUGCCUUACUGUCCAUGAGAGAAUACACACAGGAGAGAAACCUUAUGAAUGUAAUGUAUGUAAAAAGUCUUUCACCAUGAAGGCACACCUUACUGCCCAUCAGGCAACUCAUACAGGAGAGCGACCUUAUGAAUGUAGCAGGUGUGGAAAGUCUUUCACCCAGAAAAUAAGCCUUAGUGUCCAUGAGAGAAUACACACGGGAGACAAACCUUAUGGAUGUAGCUGGUGUGGAAAGUCUUUCAUCCGGAAGGCAGACCUUAAAUCACAUCAGAGAAGACACACAGGAGAGAAACCUUAUGAAUGUAUGGAGUGUGGAAAGUCUUUCAGGUGGAAAGCAGGACUUAACAUCCAUCAGAGAAUGCACACAGGAGACAAACGUUAUGAAUGUAGUAGUUGUGGAAAGUCUUUCAUCCAGAAGACACACCUGAAAACACAUCAGAGAAAACACACAGGAGAGAAACCUUAUGAAUGUAUGAAGUGUGGAAAGUCUUUCAUAUGGAAGGCACGCCUUAAUAUCCAUCAGAGAACACACACAGGGGUGAAACCUUUGGGAUGUAACCUGUGUGGAAAGUCCUUUGCCCAGAAGGCACACCUUAACAUCCAUCAGAGACACACAGGAGAGAAACCUUAUGAAUGUAACAGCUGUGGAAAGUCUUUCACCAGGAAGAAAUACCUUACUAACCAUCAGAGAACACACACAGGAGAGAAACCUUUUGUGGAAAGUCAUUCGCCCAGAGGGGACAACUUUCUGUCCAUCAGAAAACACACAGGAGUGAAACCUUGUGAAUGUAACAGCUGUGGUUCUCACAGACGUCAACCCUAAUUUUUCAUCAGAGAGCACAACACAGGAGAGAAGCCUUAUGAAUGCAACAAAUGUGGAAAGAACCGUCCACAGGAGGCCACAGCCUAGCAUAUAAGAAAAUUCACCCAAAUGAGAAACCUCUGGAAUGUAACAAGUGGAGAAAGUCUUUCAUCUGGAAGAAAAGUCAGUUUGCAACAAAAAACCCACACAGGAUACAAACCUUAUCACGGUAGCAAAUGUGGAGUCCUUCAACCGGAAGGCACAGCUCAGGGUUCAUCAUUGAACACACACACACAUGAGAGCAAUCAUAGAAAUAAAAAACACGUGGAAAGGUUUUCAAAAAAGUUCUCCAUACUCUCAGUCAUUCUUCCCUGAAUGUCCAUCUUCUACAAUCCUUGAGUUCCAUAUCUAACAUUCUCUAUUGGGAGAUCUACAAGAAGAUGAUAAUGUCUAAUUUCUGUUUCAUUAAAUUCUAGGAUGAUAUUUACCUUUUUCCUUUUAUUUUGCUGUUAGUUUCAUUUGAACACGUGGCCCUUUAGUUCCCUUUGGCUUUUAUGCUCAAGCUUAGCACUCUACCCUUUGUGCCACAUCUCUAAUUUUGAGGUUGUUGUAUGUAGUAUCAUGAGUCCUAUCAUUGGGAAGCAGUCUACUUUCUUCAAAGGUGUUUACAAAACUUAUGUAAGUAAAACUGAAAUGUUAUAAAUUAGGAAAAUAAGUAUUUUCAUAGAAUCUAUAAUACAAAUUGAGUGAUUUAAUGGAAUUUUGUAACACAUUUAAAAAUAAUGAGAAAUAUUUGAGAAUUAGAUAAAGAUGAGUAAUAAAGUUAAUUUAGUAAAUACUUAUUUUAUGUUGUAAAAUUCAAUAAAAGUGACAGAGUCCAUUCAGAUUUUAUGUGGACAGCAAUUUUCAUAUUUUCUGUAAACCAACAAUACCUUGUAUAACAUCAGUCUCUCCCCCCUGGAGCUUAACAGUUCUAUAAUUUUUAUAGAGCUGGUAGAAUUUGGCAUAUAUUCUAUCACAACAGAAUUGACGAAAUACAUACAUUAAGGGUUAGACGUAUGGCUUAGCUGUUAGAGCACUAGCAAAUGAGCAAAAGUAUCAUGUACUGAGUUUGAGUCCCAGUCUUGGAGCUAAAAAAAAAACAAAAAAGAAUAUACUCUUACUAUUUCAAAUGAAAUUUUCAAAUGAGUACUGAAAAAAGAUGAGUAAUAUAGAUAAAGUAACAUUGUGCAACCCCAUGUGUGAAAACAGCAUUCAGAAGCUCCACAUGAACAUGUCUCCAUAGCAACAGCUUAUGAGGACUUUAGAGAGAUACUUGAGAAUGUCCCAACGGUUCGUGAAUGUGAACCUCUUGGCUUUGAGUUACAGAUUGCAAGGCGAGGCAUGCAUCAGCAUGUCACCGGGGUGUUUACAUUGAGCACCUAUCAUUUUCCCACUAGACAUUUUCAUUUUACAAAACUAAUCUGAAAACCAAAGAUUAUAUUAAUGCCUAUACAUGAAGUCAUGUUUAAAAAGCAAACAUUGUGAAUCUUCAUUGUGAAUAUUUUCAUUGAUCAUGUAAAUUUCAAUGUGAAUCAAGGAACAAGGUAAAAUGAAACAGUGAAAAGAAUCUUAUUUCCUUGAUUUGAAAUACCAACCUUACCAAUUUCUUCUCUUCCUCAGUUUGAUGUAGAUGUAGAAUAAAACUUGCAGUUCUUUCUGAGAAAAAUAUAUAUGUGUAUGUAUGUAUGUAUGUAUAUGUAUGCAAACAUACAUAUAUAUGUCUAUAUAUACUUAAUGUAUAUAAGAUAUUGAGCUUUGACAUAUAUAAGUCAUUUUUAGGUAGAGUAAGAUUACAAUCCAUUCACUGGAAAUAUAUCAGUGAUAUAUAUAUAUAUGUGUGUGUGUGUGUGUGUAUAGAUAUCUAUGUAUAUAUCUAUGUAUGUAUACACAUAUAUACCAGUACAAAUUCAUCCACUCACUUGAAUCUACCCACCGUUCUCCAUAGCACCAUUCAUUGUAUCAGAGCUUUUCCACAAUCAGCUCAUCUCAGGAGCAGCCAUGGUGCAAAAGAGCACAGACCCAUAUCAGGCCCUAAGUACAGGCACAUAAAGGAGGAAACUCACUUACUGUAUGAUCAAGUCCUCAAAGAAGGGAUAGCAGUAAGGUUAAAUUAUUUGGAAUUGAAAACCCAAGAAAUGAAGAUUCUUACAAAGAAGAGGAUUAAAAGUCAAGGAAUUUCAUUGAUUGAAAAUAAAAGCACAAUUCAUCUCACCAUGAAUAGUUUCUCUGACACAUUAGCACCUAAGAAUAUUCCUAGUUCUCCAACUCAUAUUUUUUCUCCCUUUCACCCUGAAGUGUCUGAAACUCACCUGAUGAAAACUGUUGGUCAGUGUAAAGUAUUUGGCUGAUUUUAAGAGGUCUCAGAACACUUCUGAAGCAGCUGGGCACCUGUGGUUCACACUUGUACUCCUAUCUACUCAGGAGGCUGAGAUCUGAGGAUCAUAGUUCAAAACCAGCCAAGCUAGGGAAGUCGUUGAAAUUACUAUAUCCAAUUCACCCAAAGGCGAACAGAUGGUUCAAGUGACACAGUGCUAGUCUUGAGCAAAAAUGUUCAGGGACAGCACCUACGCCCUGAGUUCAAGCCCCAGGACCAGCAAAAAUGCAAAUAAACAUAGAAGCCCUGAUUCAAUACCAGAAAUAAUACAAAACAUGUAAAUAUCAAUAUGUAAAGCUGCUGGGCUCAGGCCGCUCAUGCCUGCAGUUCUGAAGAUCAAUCUUUGAAGCUUACUUUGGCAAAAUGAACAUGAGACACUUAUCUCCAAUUAAUGUAAAAGUCAGAAGUAGUAGAAAUGUGGCUCAAGUGGUAGAGGGCUAGGCUUCAGCAAAGCUCAGGUACAGCACCUAGGCAAUGAGAUCAAGUGCUAACAUUGGCAUGUUUGACUGAUGUACAGAAAUCAAUGCCAAUUGUAGUAAUUGAACUUCAUUUCAUAAUAAUGCACACUUAAAGAAUCCUCUUAGAAACAAAAAAGUAGAUUUCUAUGAUACGGUUGUGAAGCUAGUUCAUCAUUUGUUGAGAGCUGACAGUAAAGUUCAAAGGUCAUCUUGACCCUUGUGCUCACUUGAAGGCACAUACAAGAAACUGGCUUACUAGAAUAACACCAGGUGCCUAGGAUUGCUUUGCUAUGUCUGCAGUUUGUUUUACUUUCUACCAGUUGACCUUGUCUUGUUUUUACUGC